CGGAGCAGCCGGGGGCCAGCAGCCUCACGGCCACUGCGCACCGGCGCCCGCCCGCCCGCGGCCCCCCGAAACUGCUCCCCGGCACCUCCGGCCAGGAUGGCUCCUUGGUUCUAGCCAGGGAGGCCAGAGCAGUGCUGGAGAUCCCUGUCCAAGUGAUGGUGGGACCAGGAUAGAGGAGCUGCCAUAAGGAUGUCUGAAGCCAAGACCCUAAGCUCCUCCUGCCUCAUGCUUUCCUUGCUCUCCUUGCACUGGGCUUCGCUCCAGCUGGGCCAGGCUUUUCCCAGCACCUCUGACUACCUCCAGCGGGGCUGGCAGCGGCUGCUGGAGGAAGGGGAGGGCUGUGCUGAGUGCCAGCCAGAGGAGUGCCCGGCACCACGUGGGUGCCUGGCUGGCACGGUGCGGGAUGCCUGCGACUGCUGCUGGGAGUGUGCCAACCUGGAGGGACAGAUCUGUGACCUGGACAACACCAAUCACUUCUACGGCAAGUGCGGGGAGCACCUGGAGUGCCGGCUGGAUGCCGGGGACCUGCGGCAUGGAGAGGUGCCCGAGCCCCAGUGCACCUGCCUCUCCCACCUGGCCCUCUGCGGCUCCGACGGCAAAACCUAUGCCCAGAUCUGCAGGUUCCUGGAGGUCGCCCAUGCCCACCCCGACUCCAACCUCACCGUGGCCCAUGAGGGUCCCUGCGAGUCAGAGCCCCAGAUCACCUCUCCUCCCUAUGACACAUGGAACAUCACUGGGCAGGAUGUCAUCUUUGGCUGUGAGGUCUUCGCCUACCCCAUGGCAUCCAUUGAGUGGAGGAAGGAUGGCACAGAGAUGCUGCUGCCUGGAGAUGACCCCCACAUCUCUGUCCAGUUCAGAGGUGGCCCCCAGAAAUACGAAGUAACGGGCUGGCUCCAGAUCCAGGGUGUGCGGGUGACGGAUGAAGGCACCUACCGCUGCUUCGCCAGGAACAGGGUCGGGGAGGUGGUUGCAUUAGCCAGCCUGACUGUCUUCACACCGGACCAGCUCAACCUAACAGACUUUUCCCUGCCGAAGCCCCGCACGAUGCCUGAGGACUACGGGGGGAGUGAGGAGGACUAUUACUAGCCAGGAGACUGGAUGUCCAGCUGGAGAGAUCACCUUACCCACGGUGACCAUUCCUGGGGGUUGGGGACAUCUCCAGAGCAAGCACACCCCAGCCUAAACCUCUUUCUCUGGACAGUCCUGGCACAGCAGCCUCUUUUUUUGGGGGUGGGGGACAGGGUGACACAUCCCUUUGGGGUGCUUGGGGAAGGGAUGCUGGCUGGUUGGUGGCACAUAUUUGGGACCAGGGGCAGCUCUGCCUGGGGCAGGGUAGGUCUGUCCUCUGGCACUGUGCAGGGACAUGGUGGCAGGUGGGAUGCUAUGGUGACAGCCAUGCUGUGUGUGACAAGGACUUGGUGCCGGGGGUAGAGGCAGCCCCCAGGGAGAGGGAGGCCAGGGCAGGGGCAUCUCAUUCCUGUGCAAAACAUUUUAGGGAAGCCAGAGUGGAGGGCUGGGACCUGGUUGGGACACCCACUGUGUCACCCCCAGGGCCAAACUGUGUCCCUCAAGGCAGGGACAGCUGGGCUUCUCCCCAGGACCUGGGGAACUUGCUGCUGAAACAUCCUUCCUUCCCGGUUUGUUUUUAACCAGAAAAGUAGUGAUUUGAGGAAACCAGACACUUGCGGUUUUCAGUGCUGUCUUUGUUCCCCUGGACAGCAUUGGCCCAGCCACCCAUGUGAUCAGAAACACUUUGGCCUUUUUUAACUGACUUCAUGUUUUCCCUUCCAAGUAGCUCUUUACUUUGCCAUUUCAAUUAAUGUUAGUCAAAAUAUACACGUAGGUCAAAGCCGACACAGACCAGGUGACUGUCCUGUAUCCACAAGGAUUAUUCUGGGGGUGAAGGAGGGUGCAAACAUUGUGGAUGCUACCUUGUCUGUUGUGAGGGUGCUUGGGUUGAGGAGCCCUCCUGCCCAUCCUGGUGCUCACAGCUGGUCCUGGCAUGGGUCCUGCCCCUCUCACCCCGCAUGGCGACAGGGGUCCCCAGCAGACCAUCCCCUGUGCAGUGGGGAAGCAUCAGGCUGGCUCUUCGCACCCAUCAGUUCAGGUCCCAUCCUGCCUCUGCCUGUCUUCAUCCCAGGGUCCUGUGCCCCAUGACACCCGGUGACAAUAGACCUGCCAGCACGGCGGGGGCACAGCAGCUCUGUGCCUGGCUGGGGAAGGACAGAGAGGCUCCUGUUUUCACUGGAAAUGCUCCAUUUUUAAAGAAAACCUGCCUGCCUCCCAGACCUGUUGCUUUAGAGCAAAUCAUCCUUUUUGGGGAGGGUGGGAAGGAAGCACAGAGUUUUGCUCAGUGUCUGGAGAGGGCUGGCAGGAACCCUUCCUACAGGCAUCCCAGGGCUGAGCUCCCACUCAGGGGGUGCUUUGCCCCCGAACCCAGCAGUAUUUAAAGGACUUUUGAGACUCAAAGCCUCCCUGUGGGCCAAAUGGCUCCCAGCUACCCAGUCCCAGAUCCAGGAAGGUCCAGAGCUAUGCCGGGAAACCAGAUCCCAGGAGGAAGGAAUUGGCCAGUCCCCAGGCAGAAGCAGGCAGGAUACGAUGAGGCUGGCAGCUCAGGUGUUGUGCUGCUCUCCUUCCCUUGUUUUUUCUUUGCUCCCCCUUUCUUUUGAAAGCUGGCUCAGACAAUGCACUUACAGCAUCGAAACCUGCACAAGCAAAUAAAAGGGAUUUGUCUGGA